AGUGAAGGGAAGAAAUAAAACAGCACGAAGAAGAGCAUCACUUCCGCGUAAUCGUGUCUCAAUCGCAUGUAUCCCAGCAGAUCUUAGUCAGUUUACUCUUGGUGACAAAAUGGUGAAAAGCAAAGACAAGGAGAAGAAGCGAGAUCAGAUCAGCAUCGCCACUGAAAUUGAUCGUGUGGAGGAGCUGCGGGCGCGCUUCCAGGACAACCUGGAGAGAGCCGAGUUCAGGAAGAGACGCCACAAGCUCUCUGAUAAGGAAAGGCAGGAACUCGAAGAUGAAAUGGCAAUUAUGAAUGAGAGGGUGCAGAAGUUAGAUAAGGAGCUGGAGACUUUAAGAAAAGAGAACCGGAGGAACAUGAUGCUGUCGGUCGCCCUGCUGGCAGUCAGUGCUGUCUUCUACUACGUCUUCAUCUACAGUGAAGAGGACCUUUCAUGAUGUCCGCCGGAUUCUUAAAGGGAAUAUUUCUCCAUAUCACCUGUUGCUCUUAGGGUGCAGCAACCAGAGGACAGAGACAUCAUGGGGUGCAAGGGAAGGCUAGACCUGGGAGGAAAAGCAUGUUGUUGUUUUGUUGUUCUCCCAGAGUAAUUCUGCUGGAUUUAUUUAGCACAACCAAAGAGCACUCAGGCAGCUUUGUGCAUCCCAAAACUCUCUUUUUACCAAACCAUUUUUGAACAUCAGCAGUGUCCUUAUACUGGUUAUGUCAGCUCCGACCAUUUGCCUGUGUUAAGAUGGUUUUGAUUGAAGUGUCUGUACUCUGCAGUUUGAUCAUGGAAAUGAGGCUGCAGAAAGAAUGAGCGUGUCUCUCUCCAUUUCUUGUUCUCUGUCUCUCCCUAGGAAUCGCCUGCUGCAUUCCUGACUCAUUCUCUGCAUAAUUAAAAAAAAAAAAUCUGAAAGCACAAAUUUUUGCAAUUCUCAGUGCAGUUUAGAAUUCAUCAGCAUCGCCUUUUCAUCACACAGACAUUUGUAAAUAGAUAAAGGUUUUAAAAAAAGUGUGCUGCCCUGCCUUUGCUUUUGUAUGAUCUCAAUAAAUCUAUUUUCAUUGGUG